AUGCAUAUCCUUCUGAGGAUGAGACUUUCUAUCGUCAAAUCAAAGAAGUUGAAACUUAUAUCUCCAACUAUUUUGAGGAAAGAAGAAGAAUUGUCUGGUUAUCAAACAAUUGGUCCAGAAGCUGAAGAAAAGAAGGAAAUUGUUGCUAAAGUCUCUCCAGAUCCUGACAAAAUCACUAGUACGUGUCUGCAUUCUGUCCCUGAGAACAAUCUAGAAUCUUCCACUCCCCUCAAUCAUAUCUCACAAACUCCUUCUGAAUCAUCUGAACAUACUCUGUCAGAAAAUAUUAUGACUUCAUAUGAUUUAGAUUCCCAUACCAUUGCUCAAGUUUUGGAACCUUCAAGGCAUCAUCUGCUUUAG